ACAUUUGAAGCUAAAAUUCACCACUUGGAGACGAGGCUUAGCCGAAAGCCCCGUGAAGGAACUGCUGAACUGGAGUACUUUGUCCGCUGUGAAGUCCACAGCUCUGACCUCAAUACUUUCAUUAGCUCCAUCAAGAGGGUAGCAGAAGAUGUGAGGACCACUAAGGAAGACAAAUUUCACUGGUUUCCUAGAAAAAUCUGUGAAUUGGACAAGUGCCACCAUUUGGUCACCAAGUUUGACCCUGAUUUGGAUCUGGAUCACCCGGGCUACUCUGACCAAGUAUAUCGCCAGAGAAGGAAAUCGAUAGCAGAAAUUGCAUUUCACUAUAAGCACGGGGACCCAAUCCCUCAUGUGGAGUACACGGCGGAGGAGAUAGCUACCUGGAAGGAGGUGUACAGCACCUUGAAGAGCCUGUACCCAACCCAUGCCUGCAAGGAGUACCUUGAAGCUUUCAAUCUACUGGAGAAAUUCUGUGGCUACAACGAGAACAACAUCCCUCAGCUGGAGGAGGUCUCCCGCUUCCUGAAAGAGAGGACCGGCUUCCAGCUCCGGCCGGUAGCUGGCUUGCUGUCGGCGCGGGACUUCCUCGCCAGCCUGGCCUUCCGUGUCUUCCAGUGCACGCAGUACAUCCGCCACGCGUCCUCGCCCAUGCACUCCCCUGAGCCGGAUUGCUGUCAUGAGCUUCUGGGGCACGUCCCAAUGCUGGCUGACAAGACGUUUGCCCAGUUCUCUCAGGACAUUGGGCUGGCAUCUCUGGGUGCAACGGAUGAAGAAAUUGAGAAACUUGCAACACUUUACUGGUUUACGGUGGAGUUUGGGCUCUGCAGACAGAACGGGAUAGUCAAAGCCUACGGAGCCGGGCUCCUCUCUUCUUAUGGGGAGCUCAUACACUCCUUGUCAGAUGAACCAGAGGUGCGGGACUUUGACCCUGAUGCUGCUGCCGUUCAGCCCUACCAGGACCAGAACUAUCAGCCCGUAUAUUUUGUGUCUGAGAGCUUCAGCGAUGCCAAAAGUAAACUGAGGAGCUAUGCGGCACACAUCAAGCGUCCCUUCUCGGUGAAAUAUGAGCCCUACACCCACAGCAUUGAGCUCCUGGACAGCCCUCAGACGAUCUGUCACUCCCUGGAAAGCGUAAGGGAUGAGCUUCACUCACUGAUUAACGCGCUCAAUGUUAUCAGUUAAUAUGAGAACUGGGCUCUUUCCUUCCUCUUUUCCCUCAAAACUGCCUGCUCUGCCCUUGCCUAGUUCCCAGCUGAUAAUUCCUACCUGUCUUCUCCAAACAUUUGCACCACUGCCUGUCACCACGCCACCCAACCAGCUUUCUACUUU